GCCCAACCACCCUCGAAACAGUUUCCUGUUGCCAUCCUCCAAGACACUUAGAUUCCUUCAGACCCUUGAGAGAGACUGAAGUUUUCUCAGCUGCCCUGUCCUUGAGGUUUCAAAGAAAGAUGCGGGCCUGGAUCUUUUUCUUCCUCUGCCUGGCAGGCAAGGCGCUGGCAACUCCACAGGAUGCUCUGCCGGAGGAGAUGGAAGUUAUAGAGGACCCUGCAACACAGGAACCAGUUGGAAUCAACCCAGUCCAGGUGGAAAUUGGCGAGUUUGAAGAGACCACUGUGGAUGUUGAGGAGAUUGUGGCUGAAAACCCCUGCCAAAACCACCACUGCAAACACGGCAAAGUCUGUGAAGUAGAUGAAAGCAACACUCCAAUGUGUGUAUGCCAAGAUCCUUCCAGCUGCCCAACCAGCACUGCAGUGUUUGAGAAGGUAUGUGGUACUGACAACAAGACCUAUGACACCUCCUGCCACUUCUUUGCGACCAAAUGUACUUUGGAGGGUACCAAGAAAGGACACAAACUUCACCUGGAUUACAUUGGACCUUGCAAAGUCAUUCCUGCCUGCCUUGACACUGAGCUGACUGAAUUCCCUCUGCGUAUGCGCGACUGGCUGAAGAACGUGCUGGUCACCCUGUACGAGCGGGAUGAGGACAACAACCUGCUGAAUGAGAAGCAGAAACUCAAGGUGAAGAAGCUCCACGAGAAUGAGAAGCGUCUCGAAGCUGGCGAUCAUCCAGUAGAACUCCUGGCCCGUGACUUUGAGAAGAACUACAACAUGUACAUCUUCCCUGUGCACUGGCAAUUUGGACAGCUAGACCAACAUCCUGUGGAUGGAUACCUGUCCCACACUGAACUGGCCCCACUUAGAGCUCCCUUGAUCCCUAUGGAGCACUGCACCACUCGCUUCUUUGAGACAUGUGAUCUAGACAACGACAAAUACAUUGCUCUGGAAGAAUGGGCCAACUGCUUUGGCAUUAAGGAAAAGGACAUUGACAAGGAUCUUGUCAUCUAAAUUUAGCAGCUUCUUCAUCUGUAUGCACAAGUUGUGUUCUUCCAUUUUAACAAGUUGAAGAGUGUUUUUUCUUUAUCGGGGACAAGGUGCUAAUAUAGGUCUAAACAUAUACAUUAACGGUGCUAAAAAAAACAAGACAGAAAGUUGAUAGUAGCUUAAUCUAUACCACUAGAUCACUUUGCUCACACACCCAUUGUGCAUUUCUGUUGACCUUUUAAUUUGAUGAGACUAGUAGAGUAAUUAAAAAAAAAUCUGUUCCAAUUUUCUACUCCUUAGACUAUUUAAGUUGACUCUAGUUGAUAGACUCAAGACUAUUAAUCCCCUAAUUUUAAAGAAAGGCAA